AUGUCAAAUUCACCGUCCGUUCCCGAAGAUAGAUUGCCUAAUCCCCUGGUGACACCUGCGGCACCUGCCCAACAUGAUUGCUCCAGAGCCAUCCCUGGGACUAGCCCACGUCACCAUUCUCAGCAAGCUCAUAUCUCCCAGAGGUCUGAAGAGGUGCCGACGCCUUCACGGGCGGAAUCCCCAACGGCUCACUCUUGGUCCCAGCCCAGGUUCACUCUAAAACGGACUGCGACCACACCUCCGGAGAACACCGCCAAUCCGGAUAUCGUGUAUCGGCCCCAACUGUCCGAGCGAGACAGUAUUUUCGCAACCCAUUACCUUCCUACAGAUAGCGGCGCAAACACCCCACAAUUACCCCCCAACAGGGCCUUGGACACCGAGCGUCAGGUCAAUUUGAUUCCCAGUCUCGAUGAUGCACCCGUGUCUUCAAGUGCAUUCUCCAAGGUCUCUCCCCACCGUUUUAACGUCGACCCUUCCCACAUGGAAGUUGACGUCCACAGACAUUCUCCAUUGCGUUCUUCCACUCUCUUCCCUUCCGAUGCCCCCCGAUUGUCCCUCCUGCGCGCAUCGACCCUGUCGACUGAUCAUCUCAAGAAACCCGAGGCAGAGGUAGGCGUGCAGGCACAUUUGGGAUCUCGGCGGUACAACCUGCCAUUGGAGGGAACAGGUAGGAGAACCAGCCAUCUGAACGGCGCUUUACCUGAACGAAAUCUCUUCCCGUCCAUAGAUGAUGUCUCUUCUACCCCGCACUCUUUGAAUGUGUUGUCCGGCAGAGAGAGUCCUCAGGUCAGUCAAGGGUUCGGAUCUUACAGUCCCCAAAAAGAAGCCCUUCCACCAUCCCUUGAACGAAGUCCAAGCAGAGGUCGUCGCGGUGGUCGAGUUGACAGCUCCAUUGAAGCCAAUUUGACCAACGCGGAGCCGGCUUCUAACGUCCGCAGCCGCAAAUCCAGCCACUACCUGGGCCUCUUCAAAGAAAACACCACUUCGCCGGAUCGCAAACGACGGGAGGAUCGCGGACGAGAACAAGAUGAGACGCUGGAACCGCAGGAUCGCGUCAUGGAUUUGGAGCAAGAGCCACACCAACACCCGCGAUCAGAGGAGGGCGCUUUGAUUCGUAAAAGCUUCUCCCUCCCUCCACUUGGAAAUGGCCCGGCUCUUGAACCCCAGCCUUCCGAGCUCGUCAAAAACAAACCGCACGAUGAUCUCCACAAACGCCCUCCGCCAGCGUUGCCCCGCACCUUACUAGAGGAAAUCCGAAACUUCCAUCUCACUCCUGGAGGGCGCCAUGGUUCGUCAUUCUCUAAAAGCAUUCCCACGCAGUAUUCAGAGAGAAAUCGUGAGUAUUUCGACAAGGAUCCUCAUGUCGAAAUUUCCCCGACCAACUCAUUCGAGCAAGACGAGCGUCGCGGAUCACAGCAAUUUGGAGUCGAGGAAGAAGAGAACGAACAGAUUUCGUCUGCCGUUUACUUCCCCCACGAGCGCACGGUGCCUGAAGGGGUUGAGACCUUGGAGCAAUAUCCUGACGGCCCCCAUGAUGUACAACCGGUUCAGUUGACGGUUCCAGAGAAAGGCCAUGACCUGAUGCUAGUACCCCAAGAGCGUCAUUCCCCGGAAAAAGAAAUCAGCCAUGUGGAUAUAUCCCUGCGAUCCAAGAAUGAAAGUAAGAUCCUAUAUGGCGAUAUCCACUCUCCUCGAGAGAACAUGCCUGAAAAGCCCUUGAGUACCAUCUCUGAACUCAGCUAUGAUUCAUCACAUGAAUCCGAGCCACCAUCUGCAGACGAAAGUGGUUGGUCCGCAACUGAAGACGGCCAUCACACCGAUGAGGGCGAGACUCCGACAGCGACCCCAAGACAGCGGCCUCGGCUUCUCUCUCACCCCAAGCCUUCCCCAGCACCUCUCGGUGCCGUUGAAUUGAAGCCUUAUCGACACCAAGUUGGCGGCCACACCACGGUUUUCCGCUUUUCCAGGCGAGCUGUUUGCAAACAGCUCAACAAUCGCGAGAAUGAGUUCUAUGAACGCAUUGAACAGAGACAUCCAGACAUGCUGGUGUUUCUCCCAAAAUAUAUCGGAGUGUUGAAUGUCACGUUCUCGAAGACACCCAAACGACCAAAGGAUCCGGGCGAUUCUGCUGAAGGUAAAAUCCAGGAUGCGACUGCCACAAAUGGAAAUGGAACGUCAGCUCUCAGCUCCCAAAUUCAGGAGGCGGCUGAGCCCCAACGAAUUGUGAGCCAGUCACAAGUUACCGGUGUUAUCCCAAAGGUUAUCCUUGAGAACAACCGUCACAUCAUUCCUGCCGAUCUGUUCUCUCACCCACAGCGACCGAGGACAGCCGAUGCCUCGGUGAGCCGCGCUCGAUCCGUCGACGGCCUGGAGGGCAUGUCAGCAGAGUCUGAUCCAUCGGCACUCAGCAAGCGCGCCAAGAUCUGGGGCGCCACCACCGUCAACCUCAAACUUCAGGAACAGGUUCUUCGUGAAGUGUUCAGCCCGCCUGCUAUUCAUCACCAUCGCCGCCAUGCUCGCGGCCACAUCCAUUUACCAAGGGCCAAUUCCGACAUGCCUACCGCAAACCGCCGCCGAGGAAACAUGUCCGAAGACCAAACGGCCAGCAGUCGACGACCGGCACCUGGGCCAAUCGAAGCUCUGAAGACAGAAGCAAUUGACAUCAAGACAACACCUAGCGAAGGCCCGGCUCUUUCGUCGUCCGCCUCAACUGCUCUCGAUGCUAACCAAAACCGUCUUGAAAAGAUAAGGACGCAAGAAGAUACAAAUCGGGCAAGUUCUCUGUCCAGGGCAUCCCAUCCGCGAAGGCGCCAUUCUGGAAGUGGCCUCCAGAGACGUGGUAGUAUAAAUUCCCGCAAUAAUGGAGAGUUACUAUUCUAUGAUGAUGAGGGCUAUGGAGGCGACAAGGAGGACGAUAUUUUUGCCAUGGAAGCGGAUGCUUCUAUGCCUUCAAAUCCCUCCCCUGUCGCGACACACUCGGGCUCAGCAGGAUCCGAAAGCAAUUUGGUCCCCGAACCUCGCCUAUCCGAUACUCUUGCUGCAACUCGUCGUGAUCCAUCCCGUUUCCAACCUAAGGAGCCCAUCAAUACCAUUCUGCCCAGUAAUCCCAAGGAGGCCCAGCUAAGGCAAGAUGAAAGAGUGCAGUUUUUCCUCCUCCUCCUUGAGGAUUUGACCGCUGGUAUGAACAAGCCGUGUGUGCUGGAUUUGAAGAUGGGCACACGCCAGUAUGGCAUUGAGGCGAACGAAAAGAAGAAAAAGUCCCAGCGCCGGAAAUGCCAGUCAACCACUUCACAGCAACUGGGCGUGAGGCUCUGUGGCAUGCAAGCCUGGAAUGUCAAAAAACAAGAGUACAUCUUCGAAGACAAGUAUUUCGGACGAGAUCUGAAAUCCGGACGCGAAUUCCAGGACGCGCUCACUCGCUUCCUUUACGAUGGUGUCAGUUAUACCAGCGUAGCCAAGAAAAUCCCCGUCAUUCUAGAAAAGUUGGCUCUGUUGGAACACAUGAUCCGCCAAUUGGAUCGGUAUCGCCUUUAUGCCAGCAGCCUUCUGAUCCUCUAUGACGGAGACCAACAAUCACCCCCAAAGCAAGGCCCACCCCGUCCCAGCAACGAACGCCCACCACUCAAGCGCGGCGCCUCCGACGACGGCCACGGCAAGAUCGACGUACAAUUGAAAAUUGUCGAUUUCGCGAACUGCGUGACAGGCGAGGACCCACUCCCACCCGACACGCCCUGCCCGCCUCACAACCCAUACGACAUCGACCGCGGCUACCUCCGCGGGCUGCGCACCCUGCGCAUGUAUUUCCAGCGGAUCAUGAAAGAAGUGACGCAAGACGAAUUCGUCGAACGAGGCGAAGGCGAAGCCAUUGCACUUGGCUCUCAGCCCGCCGCCCGCGACACACCCUCUGACCAAUACUGGGAUGAGACGAUGAUUGAGAGCGACGCGGGCGAAGUCAGUUUCUAG